AUGGCAUUGUUCUCUGGUAAAGCCCCACCGUCCCUACCACCAUCCAACGCGCUUGGGUACGACUGGGACGACCGUGGUGAUACAGUCAAGUACGGCGGCGAUAUAGCGCGCACCAAGGAAGACAGGCGCAAAGCGUCCUGGUUCUUCUGCAGUGGUCCGGACGACCCAUGGGUGCCCAUCCUCACGCAGCAGGCGAUUGUCGUAUUCCACGCAUCCUGGAUCACCAAUACGGUGAAGGAGAACUUCGCUGUUGCACUCGGAAAAUACGUUCUAGAUGAUCGCUUCGAAGAGCUCAACCAGGAGGCGGCUCUGGACCACUGUCACUCCGUGCUGCCUGUUACCAAUAAGCUGCCUACGCCUGUCUCUUCUGACUAUGACUACCGGACGACUCACGCGACGAGUGACGCGGAUACCGCUUCUCCCAGCAUGAGCUGUGCUCGCGGAUUUGCCUUGAAACGCAAGGUACAAUACGACAACUAUGGAGAGGUCACUCCUGGACCCGUGAAGUGUUUUCGUCUGGCGAGUUCUGGCGACAUCGUGUCUGGCGAUCUCAGCAACACUCGGAAGUAUCUCUCGCGCUCAGAUAAAAACAGCGACGUCCAGUCUACCCCUGUGCAAUCUGAUGACUCCAAUAGUUCUCGUGGCUCUCCGGAUCUAAACUCUACAAGGCCCCAGACUGCUAUGCGCCCAAGGCCUGCUGUUCGAAUUGUCGACCUCUCCCGCUCGCAGGUUCCGGUCCAGGAAAGGGCAAGGGCGCAACCGCAAGGAAACGAGCUCUUCAAGCGCCUCUAUGGGACACAAGCUUCGUCUUCACGUCCGGUCCCUUUCAAUGCGCCAAAGAGAAACCUCGAGGCGCCCCUCAAACCCAAGUCGUCCUCGGUGUCUGAGAGGUUCUGGGACACCCUCCGAGUUACGCCUUCUUCCCCGGACUUUCCUAUCAAGAUGUCGAUGGAGGACGCGCUGGCUGCGCUGCGGGAAAGCAAGAUACGGACGGACGAUGUGGUAGUCUUCGCCGCGGGGGAGAGGUUCCGCGGGAAAGAGUUUGCAUGUCUUGAUGUUGGGUCGUCGAGGCGGCAGACGUUCUGA